CGGGCCAUGCCCGUGGCCUCUGCAGCCCUCAUGUCAACAUGAUGAAAACAGAGCCCUCGGGGGAGCGGAGCACCCUGCGGAGCGCCUCUCCACACCGGAAUGCCUACCGCACGGAAUUCCAGGCUCUCAAGAGCGCCUUUGACAAGCCCAAGGCCGAGGGGGACCCCAAGGCCAAAGAGGGUGAGGGCUCUCAGCAGAGCAGGGGCAGGAAAUAUGGCUCCAACGUCAACCGGAUUAAGAACCUCUUCAUGCAGAUGGGCAUGGAGCCCAGCGAGCCCGCGGCUGCGCCCCCCAAAGCCAGGGCCAAAGGGGGGCCCCCCUCCCCGCCCCGGCGGGGCAGGCCCAGAGAGCUCCUGGAGAAGGCGGCCGGCUGCGUGCUGAAGCUGGAGUCGUCCGUGUCGGAGCGCAUCAGCAGGUUUGACACCCUGCACGAUGGCCCUUCCUAUUCCAAGUUCUCCGAGACCCGGCGGAUGUUCGAGAGAAACAGCCGGCGAUCCCCGCAGCCGGAGCGGCCGGGAGCGGAGGUGCCCGACGACUGGCCUGGCGCCAAGUCCAACCGGGGCAGCACGGACUCCCUGGACAGCCUCAGUUCGCGGCCCGAGGCCGUCUCCCCCACCGUGAGCCAGCUCAGCGCAGUUUUUGAGAACUCGGACCCCCUCGCUGAGAACCACGAAGAGUGCUCGGAGACUGGCGCCGAGGCCCCCAGCCCCCUCAAGGAGCCCGACUCUUGGGGUCCUUCAGACCCCCCAGGGGCUGAGGCUGAAGGUGCAGGCCGGGUCCCGGAGGAGGCAGCUCCCAGGUCCUCGGAGGAGGGACCCCGGCUGGAGGCCGAGGACCCCACAGCUCCCCACCCAGGGCGACGCCCGGGACAGCCGGAAGAUGCUGCCGGGGCAGCACCUGCUGAGCUGCCCCUUCUCCGGGCCCCCCCUGCAGAGCCAGAGGCCGCCAAACUCCCUGGGGAUCGCCUGGCAGGGGCCACUUUCAGCUCCGGGGAUGCCCCUGGCAAAGAGGAAGCCCCUGAGGGGGUGAAUACUGCCCAGGGCUCCCAGGGCUACGUGCACACGGACUACAGCGUGUACCGGGUGCGGUCCAGGUAUAACUCAGACUGGGGAGAGCCGGGCACGGAGCCGGACGACCAGGACGACAGUGACGAAAACCAAGACUUCCAGCCCAGCAGGGACUACCUGGAGAUCAGCGGCUUGCCGGAGGAGGAGGAAGUCCCGGCCAACCGCAAGAUCCAGUUCAGCCGGGCACCCAUCAAGGUUUUCCACACGUACUCCAAUGAAGAUUACGACCGGAGAAAUGAUGACGUGGACCCUGUGGCGGCAUCUGCAGAGUAUGAGUUGGAGAAGCGAGUGGAGAAGCUGGACCUUUUCCCAGUGGAGCUGGAUAAAGAUGAGGAUGGACUCGGCAUCAGCAUCAUCGGCAUGGGUGUAGGGGCUGAUGCAGGACUGGAGAAGCUGGGCAUCUUUGUUAAAACUGUGACAGACGGUGGGGCAGCCCAACUAGAUGGUCGGAUCCAGGUCAAUGACCAGAUUGUAGAGGUGGACGGCAUCAGCCUGGUGGGAGUCACUCAGAACUUUGCCGCCACAGUCCUCCGGAACACCAAGGGUACUGUCAGGUUUGUGAUUGGGCGAGAAAAGCCAGGACAAGUGAGUGAGGUGGCGCAGCUGAUCAGUCAGACCCUGGAGCAGGAGAGGCGUCAGCGGGAGCUCCUGGAGCAGCAUUACGGCCAAUAUGACGCCGAUGAUGAUGAGACAGGGGAGUAUGCCACUGAUGAGGAGGAUGACGAAGGAGGGCCCUCCCUUCCCAGCAGGGACCUGGCCAUUGAAGUGUUUGAGCUGCCAGAGAAUGAGGACGUGUUCUCCCCAUCAGAGCUGGAUACUGGAAAACUCAGUCACAAAUUCAAAGAACUGCAGAUCAAGCACGCGGUCACGGAAGCUGAGAUCCAGAAGCUAAAGAACAAGCUCCAGGCUGUGGAAAAUGAGAAGGUGCAGUGGGAACUGGAAAAAACCCGGCUGCAACAGAACAUCGAAGAGAAUAAAGAAAGGAUGCUGAAACUGGAGAGUUACUGGAUCGAGGCGCAGAGUCUGUGCCACACGGUGAACGAGCACCUCAAGGAGACGCAGAGCCAGUACCAGGCCCUGGAGAAAAAAUACAACAAGGCCAAGAAGCUCAUCAAGGACUUCCAGCAAAAAGAACUCGACUUCAUCAGGAAACAGGAAGCCGAGAGAAAGAAGAUUGAAGAGCUGGAGAAGGCGCAUCUUGUGGAGGUCCAGGGCCUCCAGGCGCGGAUCCAUGAGCUGGAGACCGAGGUCUUCCGACUGAUGAAGCAGAACGGCACGCAGGUGAAUAAUAACAACAACAUCAUGGAGCGCGGCACGUGCCUGGGCGACGGCCCCCAGGGAGAGGCUGUGGAGAACCUGGACAGCCAGCAGGUGUCCAGCCAAGACCUGAGUGAAGCUGUACCAGAGACAGAGCGCCUGGAUUCCAGAGCCCAGAAAACCCGAGCCCAGCUGUCCGUGAAGAACAAACGGCCGCGGGCCCCCCGGAGCAGACUGUACGAUAGCGUCAGCUCCACAGAUGGGGAGGACAGCAUGGAGCGGAAGACCGGCGCCUUUGGGCGGCCACAGGCCACAGUCCCCUCUGCCAGCCUUGCCGACCUGCCAAAGGAAGCCCCAUGGCCACCCGCGGGCGCACCAUCCACCUUACCGCUGUUUCGGGGGAAGCGCUUUCCUCCGCUCUCCUUCAAAGCCCGUUCCUUCCCGCCGCUUGGCCGCCACCGAGAAGGCGGCCCCAGGAAAAGGGUCUUCAAAGACAGGCUGCCGAGUGUGGAGCCUGAGCCGCCUCCCGGAGUGCAGCCGCCCGCUCGGCCGACUCGCGCUCCCUUCUCAUGGUUUAGUGCCCGCAGAAAAGGACCCCACGGCUCCCGAAACCGGCCAGCACCUGCCACUGCCCCUGAGCCUCCUCCUGGGCAGCCCAGCUCAGAUAAAAAAGGGGCCAAGAAUUUCCCUCUCCCCGACGAUUUCAGCCCCAGUAGCACAAGCUCGGCUGACCUUAGCGGCCUUGGGCCUGACCCCAAAGCUCCAGGGCUUUCCAGAUCCUUGGCCCUGUCGUCAGAUGAGAGCCUGGAUAUGAUCGAUGACGAGAUCCUUGAUGACGGACAGUCCCCCAAGCAUAGCCAGGGCCAGAGCCGGGCUGUCCGGGAGUGGAGUGUGCAGCAAGUGUCCCAGUGGCUCCGGAGCCUGAACAUGGAGCAGUAUGUGGCUGAGUUUAGCGCCCAGAGUGUCAGCGGGGAGCAGCUUCUGCAGCUGGAUGGCAAUAAGCUCAAGGCCCUCGGGGUGACGUCGUCCCAGGACAGAGCCCUCAUCAAGAAGCAGCUCAAGGACAUGAAGGCGGCCCUGGAGAAGGCCCGUAAAGCGCAGGAGAAAAUGGAGAAGCAGCGGGAGAAGUUGCGGAAGAAGGAGCAGCAGAGGAAAGCCCGGAGGGCCGAGCCUGCGUCCCCAGAGCCGCCGGAGGGCGCCAGUGAGCAGUGAGGCCGGGGUGCCUGCCUCCCUCCCUCCCUGCGGGAGACUGGCUCUGGCCCGCCUCCGCCCGGGGCUUCCUGCAAUAACUGACUGUGUGUGCUCUCCAUCUCCAUCCCUGGGAGGAUCCCAAAGCACCUUGGGUUGUCACCACGGAGAUCCUCACGUGGAAGAGAAACAGAAGGGACCCUGGGGAUGUGGGGGGCCUCUUGUCCCUGAGGAAGCUGGGGUCAGGGACUCCUCCGGGCCUCCCUUUUCUCCGGGAGCACGUGAGGACAUGCUGGAGAGCCAGGCAGGGCCUGGGCAGGGCUGGCAUCCAUGGCCGCCUCUCUGGCUGCAGAAAGGGAGGCUCGUCCUCUCCAGCUGUCCUUCAAGCCCGAGAGGAAGCCAGAGCCUUAAAGCAGAGCCGUGGCAGGCAGCUCAGGGUGGUCUCCAGGGAGGGGAAGGAGCACGGCUUCCUGGACAGCCCCGGGCACCCAGAUCCCCCAUCCUGUGCCCCUUUUCCCCGACCAGCUGGUCAGCUGUGCUGACAAGCCCCCCACACUCCCUCAUCCCCAACAAAGUCUGAACAGGAGAUUUCUUUUGCCCCAAGUCAGGACGCCCCUGGAACAGCCUGGCUGGGCCAUGACUGAGGACUUCUUGUCUUUCUUUUCUACUGGAAAUUUUCCACGGGUUUGGGCUUAGAGAGUGUUUCGAAUCCAAUGCUUUGGAGAGACAUGGGAGUACCCAGUGUGAAGGGCAGACCAAGGACCCCUCCUCUGACGUGGGGAGGCUGCGGGGGCUGCUUGGGUGAUGGGCCGGCCGUGAGCAGAGCAGAGCAGAGAGGGGCUGAGCCCAGCAGGGCUGGCUCUGGUGACCAUGGGCUGGGUCUUCAUUUGAUAUCAAUGAGCAAGGAGGGGGCUGGGGGCUGGGAAGGUAAACGUACAUAUUGGGAAAAGUAGGGAGGGGGUUUCGCCGUAUAACCACUGCUUGCUGUGUCUGGCUGCUGUGCCGCAUGCUCCUUGACCCUUGAGAAGGGGACCUCCCCCCAGGGACCUGUGUCCUCGCCUCUCCUGGCUUCGUGCUUUGCUGAUUUACUCGGGGCUGGAACUGAGGAAGGGGCCGGCCUUGUCAUCCCUGCAAGUCCCUCUUCUAGGCAUUACGGAGGCUGAGGCUGCUCCAUGCUGGGCAGAGAUGGGAUGUGUCUGGUCUCCCUGCAGUGAUGUUGAGAUGCCAGCGCCUCAGGGUGUGUGUGUGCCUAUCUGUCUUCUUCGGGAUCGGAGGGGCCACAGGCCGGGAUCGUGUCCUCAAAGAGAAGACAUUACCCCAGGGACUUUCUGGGGGCAUUUUGGCUUCUGGAAAGGUGGCCCAUUUGGGCCCUUUCAAGUCCUAUUUAGGUGAGAAAAAGGAAGCUGAGCUGAACUGGCUUUUUCACUGUGAUGCCUGAGCUCUGGGGUGGGACAUGUGAGAGUCAUUGCUUUGCCUUCAGGCGCAUUAGUCUGGGAAUGGGAGUGGGCAGCAGCUGGCAGUGAAGUGGGCACCUGAUGUCCCUGUGGUGCUUCCUGGGAAGCCUGUUGACCACUCGAGGACCAGCAGCCUUUGGCCAGGCAGAGAAUGGGGGCUGGCUAAGCUCCUGAAGAUGUCUCCCCAGCACCUGGGCAAGGUGUUGGGAAUCAGCAACAACUGAACCGUGAGGGCAGUUCCCUGAGAUUUACAGCCUCAGAGUAAAAAAUGUAGAGGCUGAGGCACAUUUUGGCACAGGUGGCCUCAUUCCCUAUAGGAAGGCCUCUUGCCUAGAGUCAUGGCAAACUCUCCAGAGAUUUCUCAGCUUACAUACCAAGAGCAUGGAGGGGGGAAGCUCAGAGGUUUCACCAUGGAAGAAUUUGGCACCGUGGACACACGAUCCUCCAUCCGUUCUUGGGUACAGCAUCACACACAGGCUUAGGGUUGAGAGGAACCGUAGAGACCACCAAGACCCCUCAGAGAAGGGAACCUCACCAGGUCCUGCAGAGGUUCCCAGGCCACACAGCUUGUGAGUGUCCGGGAUACGAGCUCUGCUCUUUGUGACCCCACACCCUGUGCCCCAGCCACCUCUCCAGGUUGCUGCUGAGUUGGGAAAUUUCCCUCCCCA